AUGCCCGUCUUUACUGAAUUCGCAACAUCGAGUCGGCAACUGCGCGUUUUGCCUUCAUUUGCUAGCCCAUUACCCCGCCUCAGCCCUGCUUUUGACAAAAAGGAAGACAGAUAUGAAGUGGUCGUUGUCGGGGCUGGUCCCGCGGGACUUAUGCUCAAUCUCCUCCUAGCACGAUACGGUCUCAGUGACGAAUCCCUACUCUGCAUCGAUUCAAAAUCAAGUACACUCCUCUCCGGCCAGGCCGAUGGGCUGCAGCCUAGAACACUUGAAGUGCUACGGAGUUUAGGCGUGCUGGAUGAACUCGACAAUGAAGGUUGCCACAUGCACCAAAUCGCUUUUUGGAACCCUUCUAGCGAUGGCGGUAUCGAACGAACUUCAACUGUGCCCGACAUUGCGGUCCGUGCGAGAUAUCCGUACGAAAUCACCAUUCACCAGGGCAGAAUCGAGCGUGUCCUGGAAACGGAUUUGCUUAGAUACUCGAAACGUGGCGUGAUGCGUUCAACAAACUUGGUUGAUGUGAAAAUCGACGAAGAAGGGGACCCCGAAUUCCCCGUCGUAGCGGUAAUCGAGACUGAGCAGGGCCAGAAGACCAUUAGAACCAAACACCUCGUUGGUGCCGACGGCGCGCACUCGGUUGUGCGACGGAAGAUGGGUUUAAUGUUGGAAGGCGAAUCUUCGGAUCACAUCUGGGGUGUUACUGAUUUUGUCGCCGUGACUGAUUUCCCUGAUAUUCGCAAACGAUGCGCCAUUCACUCGGACUCUGGCUCUGUCAUGGUCAUUCCUCGGGAGCGCAUCCAAUCAGGGGAAUACCUCACCCGCUUAUAUGUCCAGGUCCCAGGCGCUGUGAAGCCAGACGACGAAUCAACAGCCGCCAAUGGCAUGACCGAGGAUGCUAAACGGGAAGCAAAGGCUAGACGAGCACAGGUGAAUGCAGAGAGCAUAUUCGAGCAAGCCAGACAAGUAUUCAAGCCAUACAGCAUCAGGAUGCGAGACGAAAACGCCAUCGAUUGGUGGGCCGCAUAUCAGAUUGGUCAGCGAAUGACAAGCCAGUUCUCCGUAAAGGACUCGCGAGGAAAGGAGAGAGUUUUCAUUGUUGGCGAUGGUAAGGCCCUUGGACCUGAUGCUGGCCAAGGGAUGAAUGUGUCUAUGAUGGACUCUUACAACCUUGCGUGGAAACUUGUCUAUGCUAUCCACGGUUUAACUCCGGAUUCAAAGGCCAGCUCUGAACAAUCAGAUCGCAUCCUUGAAACAUAUCAAACCGAACGUCACACAGUUGCUCAACAGCUGAUCGACUUCGACAAGGCGUUCGCUGGCAUGUUCUCUGGUAAAAUCAAAACGGAAGAGGAGAGCGGCCUCACUCACGACGAAUUCUUGAACGUGUUUCAAACCGGAAACGGCUUCUCGAGCGGAUGUGGUGUUGAAUACAUAGAGGGCAUUCUUGUGGACAAGGAUGUCAAUGAUACCGUUGUUGGAACAGACUACUUGUCUGGAAUCCUACGACCUGGAAGACGUCUUCUUAAUGUUCAAGUCGUACGACAUGCAGAUGCUAACCCCCGGAAUCUCCAGGACGACUUCCCAUCAAAUGGUCGUUUCCGGGUUCUCUGCCUUGCCUCAACCGAUCUUCUCAUCUCUGACGGCGCUUCCGCAAAGGCAUUCACUGGGAUCAAUGAAAUCAUCUCCAAAUUCCCAGAAAAUCUCAUUGAGCUCGUCGGCGUCUACCCGUCUCAACUCGGAGAUUUCUAUUGGCAGGAUGUCCCCAAGGUCAUCAAACAACGCGCCGAGAUGCGUUUCCACUCUGGGUCCAUUGACACCGUUUAUAAGAUUUACGGCGUAUCCGCUGAAAAGGGAGCAAUCGCCAUCAUCCGACCGGAUGGGUACGUUGGAGCUGUCGUACCGUUAUCCGGUCUGCAGAAAGUGGAGGAGUAUCUUUCACGUUGUGUGUGCAAAGCUUGA